AUGGCCAAAGCCCUCCAAGAGGCGCGCACUAGCGAGCCAAAGAUCCUUCGGUACCAAAUGUUCGGACCGGCCUUGGAUCUCAGGCGAGGGGUGCCCCCUAUGCAGGUGCGAGGUGGGGAGGCGUCGAUCGCCGAUUCAGCAAUAAGGCACGACAGCUUACUGUACCCAAGUAUUAUACCCAAGGGGCUGCCCACCACCGGACGGCACGGUCGACCUAGUGCUGGUGAUGCGCGUGAGCAGGCGGAGACGAUGCGAAGAAGCAGAUGGAGAUUACACAGCAGGUUGACAACGGCUCGACAGCAGGACGGCAAGGGCCGGCAGACGGCCAGGAAGUGCUGA